GGGAGCGCCGGAAGGGCUUCUAUUGUAUAAGAGGGGAGAUGAAACCUUGAAUGCUCAAAGAGACGACAUCGCUAGUGGGUAGAGCCAUGAACGCACAAGGCACCUCUACCAUGUAAACUAAGAUUGUUUUGAGCCAGUGCUCUGAUAUAUAUGCGAAAUCAAGCAACCGUUUACUGCGAGUGAUAUACGCUGAAGAACUAGUUUUGAAAGAUUCUCCGCUGAAAGACGUAAACAAGGUGAAACUGUGAAGAUGCGGUUCAGCCUGUUUUUAGCCACUCUUCUCUGUUACAUCACGUGGAUGAGUUUGGUCCAUGCAAUUUCAGCCCAUGGAACUGUGUCAAGCUGCUGUAUAAAGUGGUCUGGCACCACACUUCAUCCUAAUCAAAUCACGAGUUACUUCAUCCAGUCUGAAGCGAUGUGUCCCAUCGAGGCAGUAGUGUUUGUGACGGUUCGUGGAAAGAGAGUUUGCUCCAAUCCGGAUACUCCCUGGGUAAAAGACGCAAUGCUGAAUGUGGACAGAAGAACAGUUGGAACGACACCAGCACCAUCAACAGCAUCAGAAAAUGAAGAACCGUCAACACGUGACAUGACACCAGCACCGUCCACGACGUCAGAAAAGGAACAUAUUGAAUCGACUACACCUGACAUGACACCAGCACCGUCCACAGCAUCAGAAAAUAAAGCAGCAUCAACAACUGGCACGACAUCAGCCACAUCGAUGACGUCACAAAAUGAAGCAGCAUCAACAACAACUGGCACGACACCAGCCACAUCGACAACAUCAAACAAUAAAGCAGCAUCAACAAGUGACACGACACCAGCCACAUCGAUGACGUCACAAAAUGAAGCAGCAUCAACAACAACUAGCACAACAACAGCUUCAUCCACAGCGUCACAAAAUACAGCAGCAUCAACAACAACUAGCACAACAACAGCUUCAUCCAUAGCUUCACAAAAUAAAGCAGCAUCAACAACAACUAGCACAACAACAGCUUCAUCCACAGCAUCACAAAAUGAAGCAGCAUCAACAACUGGCACAAGGCCAGCACCAUCAACGACAUCAAAUAAAGAAGCAGCAUCAACAACAACUGGCAGGACACCAGCAUCAUCGACGACAUCAAAAAAUAAAGCAGGACCAUCAACGACAUCAACAAACAGCAAACCCCCCAGAUUGGCGAAAAGAUUGCUGAGGAAAAAGAUCAGGACAAUUAGGAGGAAGAGGAUAAGAAAUAGACGCCCGCGAGAGACACAGAAUGUACCUACAAACCUAUAAGAAAUGUGUAGAAAUAUAUAUAUAUAUACAACAUAACUUAUAUUUUGACCAUACUCUGUUGUUAUAAAUGUGCACACUGUAAGACAAAAACGCUAUAUUUGAAGGUUCCUGCAAUAUUUGCAGAAAAAUACUUUUGUAUUUUUAUUUUGUUGAUAAAGUAUUCUGACAUUUGA